AUUUAUUUAACAAUCCUUGAUCAUGAAAAAUCUUGAGAGUUCUAUUAAAGCACAUAUUCCACAAUAAAUUAUUAGAGUAGCAGAAAAGUUGGAAUAACUUUUUGUAAAAGAGACUCGACAUCAUUAAUCAUAAAUCCUAUAUUUUAAGAUAAUGGCAAAAAACCAUAAGAGAAUAAAAAAAUAAUUAAAAGAAGAACCUAAGAUAGGAUUAUCUGAAUUGGGUCAUUUAUAACAGACACUAAAAAAAUCAGGAUCAUUUGGAAAUGAAAACUCUUAAUCAAUUAUAGUAAAAAUUUAUAAAUUCAUUCAUUAGCAUUGCAUGCAAAUUUUGAACCCAGAAUUUGAUAGAUAAAUAUAUAUAGAUGAACUUACAACCGUAGUUAGUGAAUAAAUACCAUAUGAAAAUUAAGAUUUUAUAUAUGAUUGUUGCGAUAUUAAUUUAUGA